AUGACUCCUGGGGACAGUCUGGGCUCCUUCCAGGCUGCUGGUGGGGAAGAGGAUGAGGAGGGUGAGGGGUUCACGGUGCCAAGUGGCUAUGCCCCCACUACUAGGCCUGCCUUAGGGUACCGGGAACUACCACAGCCCCAGCCCCCGUGCCUCAAAGUCCACUUUCAGGGCCUGCAUGAUUCUCUCUCAGACAAUACUGCUUAUCCUUGGCUGAUGCAAGGUCGGGCAGCUGUUUGUAUGAAGUUCAUGUGGGGGGCUGGGGUGUCGAGCCUGGAGAGAUUAAGGAGAUCCAAGCUGGCAGGCCUGUUGCUCUGGCCUAGUGUCAGCCUCUCCAGCUGGCCCCAGUGGAAGAGCUCGACUUCACCCCAGAUCCUGACGUACAGCUUCCCCGCGGCAUCACACCACAGGGCCCAGGGCCAGCCCCAACCAACCCCUCCACCCAGCCCUGAUUCCUCGGAAGCCUGGGAAGGAAAUUUCAAUAAUUGGGAACCAAACCGGCUCUAUAAAAGCAGCCCGCGCGGCGCCGGGCGCCCAAAGAGCAGACGCUUUCGCACUGCCGGGCUGCGCACAAGGUCCCCAGCGCGGGAACAGACGCAGCGGGAACCCCGGCGGCGCGCCGGCCCUGUCCCCGGCCCGGCCCCUGCCCCUGCCCCUGUCCCGCCCCCGCCACGCGCGAUGUCCCGCAGCCUGCACGCCGCCGCCGCCGUCCUCCUGCUCCUCUGCUUACGGGAACAGCCGGCAGCCCCGGCCCCGCUCCACGGAUCCAAGUGGAGCUAUUUUGGGCCCGAUGGGGAAAAGAGCUGGUCUAAGAAGUACCCAGCAUGUGGGGGUAUGCUACAGUCUCCGAUAGACCUGCAUAGUGACAUUCUCCAGUACGACGCCAGCCUUGCGCCCCUGGGGUUCCAAGGCUACAAUAUUUCUGCCAACGAGCAGUUUAUCCUGACCAACGACGGCCAUUCAGUGAGGCUGAACCUGACCCCGGACAUGCACCUCCAGGGCCUCCGGUCCCGCUACACUGCCACACAGCUGCACCUGCAUUGGGGGAACCAGAAUGACCCGCACGGCUCCGAGCACACUGUCGGUGGGAAGCACUUUGCCGCAGAGCUGCAUAUCGUCCACUAUAACUCAGACCUGUACCCCAACGCCAGCAGCGCCAGUAACAAGUCAGAGGGCCUCGCCGUCCUAGCUGUUCUCAUAGAGAUAGGCUCCUUCAAUCCGUCUUAUGACAAGAUCUUCAAGCACCUUCAAGAUGUAAGAUACAAAGGCCAAGAGGUGCUCAUUCCAGGUUUCAGCAUUGAAGAGCUGCUCCCCGAGAGGCCCGAUGAGUACUACCGCUACAAAGGGUCCCUGACCACACCCCCUUGCCACCCCACAGUGCUCUGGACAGUUUUCCGGAACGCUGUGCAAAUUUCCCAGGAGCAGCUGCUGGCUUUGGAGACUGCUCUGUACUACACAUAUGUGGAUGACCCAUCCCCCAGAGAAAUGGUCAACAACUUCCGGCGGGUCCAGGAGUUUGAGGAGAGGCAGGUGUACAUCUCUUUCCGACAAGUGCAAGACCUUACGUAUGCAGGACUGAGUCUGGGCAUCAUCCUUUCAGUGGUCCUGGCUGGCGUUCUGGGCAUCUGUGUUGUACUGGCAGUGUCCAUUUGGCUUUUCAGAAGAAAGAAGAGUAGCAAAAAAAGUGACAACAAAGGAGUCAUUUACAAACCAGCCAUCAAGAAGGAGACUGAAGCCCAUGCCUGAGGCCCCAGAACUCUCAGGCACACCCAAGGAAAGACUUUGCUUUGGACACUACACACUGUGGCUCCCUAAACAUUUGAAAUACUUAAGGGUUCUCUGAAGCCCAACCCACAAAUGCCCCAGACCCAUGGGGGGCCUGUAGGUGGGUGCCCUGCCAUCCUGAUGCCACGGCCACUGCCAGCACGAUCUGUGGAUGG